AUGAUGGAAAUAACUUAAAGGCUAAUCGAACAUUACUUAGACUUAAUGACUUCAUCUCCGAAAAUUCAGUUAGGAGAAUCACUAUUUUAAAGCGCUAUUUUAUUAUAACUUAUUUUGAGACUCCAUUUCAUAUUUCCAUCAGAUGGAUGGAAUAUAUGGAAAUAUGAAGAUUAUAAACUGCAUGUUCCUUAUGUCAUGUUGUCAGUUUUAUAUUAAGAAAUAUCAGAUGCACUUAAAAUACUUCUCAUAUUAUUUAAUGUUACAAUCUUCAUUCUCAGCUUUUUUAAAUUUCAAUUUGUUUUCUAUUACAAUAACCUUUUAUGGACUAUAUUUUAUAUACCUUAAGUAGCAAUGCUUUCAAGUUCAUCAGAAAAUAUUGGAAUUUCAAUUUUUGGAAUCCUAUUUCUUUUUUUUAUUCUAGUAUUUAAUCUCUAUUUUAAUCGUUCCACUAAAUUUAUUCAUAGUAAUCCAUUUGUUAGAAAAUUUACUUAAUUAACAAUAAUUAGUGCUGCUUUAGAUACUAUUUGUUAUAUAGAUUUUGAAUUUCACAUUUUAUAAUUGAUUUUAUUACAUAUCUAAGGAAUAGUCCUUUGCUUAGACAUUAUUAUAUUUAAACCUUAUAAAUUCUAAUUGAAUAAAAUAGUAUUUUAGUAUAACUUUCUAUUUUACGCUUUGGUUAUAAUUCAUACAAUAUUACUAUUUAACAAAUCAGAAGAAAAUAUGUUUUAUUUUUCUAUUUUAAUUGGAACUUUAGCAUAUGCUCUUUCAUUUUAACUUUAUGAUAGAAAUACAGAUAUGGAUUCAUCUAAUUAAUUUACAAUUUUAAUUUAGUGUUAAGAAUUUUAUUAAUCGUAGGAUAUUUAAUAGUAUAUAAAUUUAAAAUAUCAUAAAACUAAUUGUAAAUUGUAAUAAAAAGAUUAGAGUAAAAAUGAAAUAUUAAUUUAUUAUUUAGAAUAUAAUAUUUCAAUUAACAAAAAGUAGAAAAUAGAUUAUGAAAUCUUAGAAUUAGCUUUAAUUCACUUUUUAUGUAUUCAUAAAGCUCCAUUAACAGCCCUUUGUAGAUUAAUAUAAUAUUAUAAUAUCCCUUAAGAUCAUUCCUUGUUCUUUCAGAUUACAUUUCCAAGUUAGCAUAAAUAAUUAUGGAAUUCUGUUAGAAAAGUUUAAGAAGGAAUAAAUCAACUUUUAAAGGCAGGAUAAUAUUUAGAUCAUCGUAUUUUAUCUACAAAAGAUAUAUAUGAGGCAGUGAAAAUAAGAGAAAUAUCAAUGCCUUUGAUUUUGAGCACUCUAGAUUAUAAAAUAAACUAUUGGAAAUAAUUAAUAUCUUUGAUAACAAAUUUAAAGAAGCUUUUUUAGACAACAUGUUUAAUGAGUUAAAAAUUAAUCGAAUGUAAAUUGCUACUUUAAAAGUUAUUUAAUUGCAGUAAUAUAGAAUAAAUUGAAGAACCAAGAACAAUAUUAGAAGUUUUAAUUCUAAUAAUUUAUUAUGCAAUAAUUAUAAAUGAUCAUGAAUAAGCAGUAAAAAUGUAAAAAGUAAUGAAUGACAUUUUAAGAUCAGAAACUCUAACUGAAGGAAAAUUACUUAAUGGUAAUAUUAUUGAAAACAAAAUUUGUUUGCUUUACACUAGUAUUGUUAAAUCAUAAGGAUCUAUAAUUAAAUUAAAUGCAUAAUAAAUUGCUUAAUUUUGGGGAUAUGAAAAUGAAAUGGAUUUCAGAGAUAUUAAACAUAUAAAUUAAUUAAUGCCAGAUUUUUUAGCAUCAGUUCAUGAUUAAUAUUUAGAAAGAUUUAAGAAAUUAGGACAUAGUAUUUUAUUCGGUAAAAGUAGAACAAUUUUUUUGAAAGGAAAAAGUAACUUCUUCAUUCCUGCAGAUAUUACUAUUGAUAAUUUCUUUAUCAGUUAUGAUGAUUAUGUUAUUACAGCUGCAUUUUCAAAAACAAAAGAGAAAUGUCUUUUUAUGUUGUUUGAUCAUAAAGGCAGAAUAUUAGGAGUUAAUAAUCUAAUGUUCAAAUUAAUGUAAUCAAUAGAUAAAACAAUUACUUUAGAUCAUCUUACAUCUGGAUAUGUUUUUCAAUUAAUUCCUAAAAUAUUUAAUUUAAUCAAUGCAUAUCGAAAUUCUGAAGAUGAAGCUAAUUAAGAUGAUAAAAUUAUUUUAAAAAUUGGAAAUCCUAUAAAAUAACAGUUCUCUAAAUUAAUGUAAAGUUCAAAAGCAAAAAAUAAACAUUAAAUGUUUUAUGCAGGUUUAUGGACAACAUUUGACACACCAGAACAUUUUUAAAUGAACUAAAAUUAAAAAUCAAAUUUAAAUCUAAAUUUACUUGAUUCUGAAAAACCUAAUUGUGAUCUUUUUGACGAAGUAUAUUAAUAAAAGAUGCAACUAUAUAUAGAUUAAAAUGUUUAAACUACAAAUUUCUAAAUUAAAUGUUACUUAGAAUACUUAAUACUUGGAUACUAAAAGUCAAUUCCAUUAUUUACUUUAGAAAUAAAUGAUAUUAUUUCUGUAUUUGAUUAAGAAAAUGGAGAUACAUUCUCAUAAAAUAGCAUGCAUAAUGUUGAAUUAUCAGAUCUAAACAAAUCAAGUCAUUUAAUGUUAAGUUCAAUUUAGGAUGAAAGUUUUUAAAAAAUAAAAAUAGAUGAAAAUGAUAAAUAAUAAUAAUAUCCAGAAAUAUCUUUAAUGAGAGGAAGAUAUGAUUAAUCUUUUUUUGAUCAACUAUAAGAAUCUUCUAGAUAAAUUUUAGCUCCAUUUUCAUAAAGAGCAACUUUUAAUUUAAUCAAACAUAAAAGUAUGAAUGAUGAUUCUAAAUACUUAGAAGAUGAAUUUAAAAUUAUCAAAUUAUAAUAAGAAAUAGGAUAUGAAAAUUAAAAUUUUUAAUUAUAAUACACAAAAAAUAAAACUGUCCUUGAUAAAUUAUAAGAACAAUAAUCAUCUAAUAAUAAUAAUGAAUAAUAAUUAGAUUAAAAAAAUGAAAUUUAAGCUGUUAACUCUGGUGGCUCUAUUGCAAGAAGAUCAAAAAAUCACCAUUAUGAAUUAUUAAAAUUGAAAUCUAGAAAUUAAGCAAGACCCAUAUAAUUAAGUUUUAUUAUUUUAUUAGAUGUAUGUAUUAUUUUAAGCAUAAUCAUAUUUAACAUUCUAAAUGUGAUAUUUAUAAAUAAGCAAAGAGAUAAUGGUAACCGUUAGUUACUUGAAAUGUAAGCCCCAUAUAUUUUUAAUGGAUUUUAUUGUGAAAUAACUUCUUUUGAUAUACUUUAUAAAUUAUCUAAAGUAGAUGGAAUUCAAAUAAGUUAAAAUUUAUUAAACUCUAUUGAAUAAAGAUUUAAAAAGUUUAAUUAUUUGCAAAAUAUGUCAGAAUUUCAAACUGUAUUUCACUAAAUUGAAUAAUAAGAGAAUUUUUUAACUUCCAAUAUUACAUUACAUUAUAUUGAUUAAGCUGAUGAAUUAAAUUCAUCUUAUACUUUUUAUUAUUCAAAACUUACUAUUUAUUUCAGACAAUUGAUUGAAUAUUAUUAAGAUUAUGACUUUAAUAAUUUUAAUGAUCACUUUUUUUAACAAUCUCUUUUUCAAGUAUUAAAUUUAGAAAAUAGCACAUAAUUGUUUAGAUUAUUAAUUAGAUCAUUAAUAGACAAAUUCUAUGUUGAAUUAGAUUUAAAUGAUGAAUUUAUUUUAAAUUUAUUUAUCAUUUAAACUAUUCUGUAAUUCUGCCUUUUUAUCUUAUAAUUUUGGUUUCUUUUUGAUUUAUUAAAAACUCAUGUGAAAAUUCUAAAUCUUAAUUGUAGAUUAUACGAAAAAGACAUUUAUGUUACAAUUUAGAAACUCUAAAGUGUGAGAGAAAUUUUAAAUGAUAAAUAUUCAAUAAAUUGGAAGAAGGCAGAUUAUGUACACAUUAUAUAUUAACCUUUGAAUAAAGAGUAAUAAAUUAAUACAACAAAUACUAAACAAAACAAGACAACCCUUCUAUCUUCAAGAAUAUAGUAAUCAACUUUUAACAUGUGUUCGAUUUCAGCAUUUUUGUUUACUUUAUUAUUAAUUAUUCUGAUAGUCAAUAUAGGAGGUUUCCUAUUUAAUUCUCAAAAAUAAAAAUAACUCAUGCCAUCUUAUAAAUUAGGUGCUGAAUUUCUUCAUUUCACAAUUUAAGUUGAUUCUAUUAUUAGUAAUGCAAUUAGAAUCAAAAGCUAAAAUAUACUUUUAAGUUAGAACUCUUUAACUGAAUCUAUAUCCUAAAAAACAUUACAAUCAUCUUAAAACUAUUUCAAACAAGAUCGCUAUCAAAAUCUAACAAAUUUUUAUUAUUUGGUAGAUUCAUUUAAACAUAGCUAAAUUCAAAUCAUACAAAAUUUAAUCAAUAAUCCUAAUAUUGAUUCAAAAAAUGCUGACAUUUUAAAUUAAUUAUUUUUUUAAGAUAUUUGCUAGCUCUUUUGCCCUAAUUCACCUGAUAUAAAGGAUAAUUGUACUUAUCUAUAUAAUAAAGGAAUAAUAGGAAUAUAUACAAAAAUUUUAAAUUAUAUUGUCAGCUUCUAUAAUAUUGAAUUAGAAAAUAAAGAACUUGAUGCAGAUUUCUAAAAUACUCUAAAUAUACUCAAUUCAGCUGAUUUCAAUUAAAUGUUUGGUAGACAUUUUACUAAUGCUAAAUUGGCUUUCAAUUAAUUUGCUUAAGAAAAUUUAAAAUUAGCAUUUGGUUAAAUUGAAGAUAAUUUUAAUGAUACUUUGAUUUAUUUUCUAAUAACUGGGUAUUUAACAUUAAUAGCAAUUGGAUUAGCUUUAACAUAUUUUGUUAAAGUUCAAUAAAAUUAAAUUAACUUGAUUAGAUUAUCCUUAACCAUCCUACCAGUGGAAUUAAUUGAUUAAUAAGCUAUAAAUAUUCUUCGUUAAUUAUGA